CCCUGGGAGGGUAAGAAUAGCCCACAAUGGUUGAGAUUACUCCUGUUGCCUUUUGUCUACUUGCAGUUGUCAGGACAGGGGACCCCAGAGGUCUAAUUUGCUUUGAUAAUGCCAGAAUUCUUCUAAAGCCUUCAGAAGCUGAAAGUAUAAACAACUAGUUCCAAGAUGGAGCGCUGGGACUCACUGGGGUUUUUGAUUAUCACUCUCAACUACAAUGUUACGAUGGCAGGAAAGAUGUGGCUUACAUUAGUAAUCUUGCUGAGAAUGUUGGUGAUAGUGCUAGCAGGAUACCCCCUCUACCAAGAUGAACAAGAACGAUUCAUCUGUAAUACCUUGCAACCAGGGUGCUCUAAUGUGUGCUAUGAUAUUUUCUCUCCUGUCUCUCACUUUCGAUUCUGGCUCAUUCAGACAGUGUCUGUUCUGCUACCUUAUACUGUGUUCAGCGUCUAUGUUCUGCACAAGGUAGCCAUGCAUGUUGUCACCGCACAUUGUUCGCCAUGUAGAGAUGUAGGAAUCAAGACCUCAGGUGGCCAUGCAGCCUUGAAUGAACCCUGCAAAUAUACUUCAGUCACUAGCCCAGCCUGCACAACAGAUCAUCUGAGUAUACCUGAUUUUUCUAGGGCAUAUACUGUUCAUCUUUUUCUGAGAACACUGGCAGAGGCUGGUUUUGGAGCUGGGCAGUAUUAUCUCUUUGGAUUUUUUGUUCCUAAGCGCUUUUCCUGUUACCAGUCUCCUUGUACCAGCACAGUUGAUUGCUACAUUUCCAGGCCUACUGAGAAAUCCAUCAUGAUGAUCUUUAUUUGGGGGGUCAGUGGCCUCUCUUUUCUACUUAGCCUUAUUGAUCUAGCCUUUGCUAUCCAAAGAAUGGCAGUAAGAAAUGGACAAAAGAAACUGACGGAAAGUCUCCAUGCAGAGGAUGAGCAUAAUUCAGAUCUACCUCUAGCUGGGAGGCUGAAGGAUUCUCCACCAUCUCCAGAGGACAGAGGCCAUCUAGUGAUACAUGACGGUCAUACCAAUGAAGUGUCCUGUUCACUUCACUCUGAAGAUGAAGAAGAGCUUCAGGUGGAAGAGAAGAUUAUCUCCCAGCAAACUGCCCUCUCUAACCUCAACAGUAAUAGCAAUAAGCCCUGUAUAACAAAAAACAUUGCUGUUAAUCAAGGCAGUAAUGAAGCAUCCCAGUGUAUAAGUGACCAGCAGGGAAUUCCAAACAGGCAGACAAGAAAUGGGCAACAGCAAGCCUUCACCAAAGAGGCCCAAGUCAAGUCUCAUCUUGGAGUUUACUCUUCUGUAAGUCAGAGCAAGCUUUUAGGGCAUUAUUCUUCAGCUGAGCUAAGAGCUUCUGAUGGGCAAUCAAGCUGUAACAGUGCUGGCUACUUGAGAUCCAAAAAAUCUGAAUGGGUGUGAAGAGCAGUGACUGAGCAUUGCAUUUACUGUUCUGGAACGAUACCCAUGUCACAGCCUCGCUGUCAUCUAGUUUCAAAAGAAAACCUCGGUAUAGGUUAAAUUCCUUGUUUUGCAAAUAAAAACAUCCUUUUACAAACAUCCCCCUGGCUGAAUGAAAAACAGGAAGCUGAACUUGCUGUGACUAUGGAAGGGACUGUAUGGAAAUUUUUGAUGACCCCUUCUGGCAGAUUUUAGAUGGUGAAUUUUGCUGUUUGGAAUGUCUGAUGUUGUGUGUUAGCAAUCUAAUACCACCACAUAAUUAUAUUGAUGUGGCUUCUAACUAACUCUUUUCAGACAUAUAAUGAUUUCAUUAUUGUUAUUAUCAAGCAUAAUAUUUUUAUAUUAGUUUGGCUUGUUUAGCUUUUCGCGUGUGAUGGUGAUGUGUUUUAUCAUUUCCUGGGUAGGAACCACAUUAAUUAUUGAAUUGAUAACAGAUAGAAAAACAUUAAAUAUUUAGCUCCCCAGUCCCUGAAGUCUUUUUAAUGGGAUCUGUGUUGAUUACACUGUAAUACCACAAAAAUAUUAGGACAAAGAAACCUUUUGUAAGUCACUGUAUUUUAUCAGCUGUGAGAAGGAAUGUGGGGAACGAACGUUGGUUAAAUGUAUCUUGCAUAGCUCUCAAACUGAUACAUGGAUAGACAGGUGGAUAAAUAAUGCAGAUAAGUGGCAGAACUCCAGAGCUUGCUUAUUUGUCUUUAUAACUAUCUAUUUUUAAACUACCAGAGUCUCUAGCAUACAUUGGAAAGAGCCAGAUUGUGGCUAAACGCAACAAUAAAGUUAAUAGUCCUCUUCCUCCAUUUGCUCAAUGGUUUGUAGUUAUUAAGCUUUGACCUACACUAAUAAUACUAUCCCUUAAUUUCAGGUCAGAGUACCCAUAGCGUGAGCCCAUAAACAUAUAGUGGAUGUGGAGUUCACUGGACAAUGGAACUUUCAGACCUUCUGUUUAACGUGACUAUAAAACUGCCAAUACAUUCUUAGUAAUGUCAGUCUGACUCAAGCCUACUUCUGACUCAGGUGUGCUAAGAAACUGUAAUUGGUGUAGAUGCUCGGUGCUGGAGUACACUACAGCACUAAGGUACCAGUAACAUGCCAGGUAGACGGCAGCUUAGAGGCAAACACUGAAGGUUAGAAGCAAAAACUAAACCAACUAAGACACUUCACUCCUCUGGUGCAGUCUAGCCCUAUCGGAGGAGGGACAGGUAGGACUGAGGUUCAGGGCUUCCCAUAGCCCAGAUUUACUCUUCUGGGGUUCCAGGGUUAAUGGAUUUUGU